AUGGACCUCAUCCACAAGGUGCUUGCGAAAGCAAAGGUGUAUACUGUAAAAAUCACGGAAAAAAAGAAUGAAAUUGCCAGGUUGCAGGAAAAUAUAAAUAACAGCAAUGAUGCAAUAGCUGAUUUGCACAAGCAAAGUGAGAGUAGUAAGAAGAGCUGUAAUGCCUGGAAGCCCACCUAUGUAAUACUUAGCAAGCAUGAAGAAUAUUUGAAAAAUGAACUUGAAGUUUUAAAAGAAGAUACAGAAAAAGAGAGGAAAAUGUAUCAGGAUUACAUAAGCCAGUAUAAAGAGAUUUUGAAGCAACACCGUGAAAAAUAUGCAGAAACUGGUCUUGCACAGGAGUAUUAUAAAAAAAAGAAAGAACUUGAAGAAAUCCGAAACAGAGUUUUGAAACAGUCUGAAAAAUAUAAAUUGAAAGAAGACGCUUGCGUGGAUAUUAUGGAGCCUGUUCCUUUUAAAUCCCUAAAUGACUGGGCUUUACAGAUUGCUUCUUCGAGGCAAAAAACACAGGAAAUGUUAAAGCUUGCUGCAGUUGCUGCGCAAGAAUCCAUUGAACUACAAAAAGAAGCAGAGGAAUUAGAAAUGAAAAUUAAUUAUUUAAAAAAGACAUUUGAAGAGACUACAGAAGAUGAAAAUAAUUCCAAAGUGAUUGAAGGAAAAAAUCAGAGAAGUCUAGAGAAGCCAAAGGAGUUUAAAGAAAGGAUAUUUCAAGAGAGCGAACAUCCAUCUUUGCUAAAUGAGAAACAUCAACUUUAUAAACCAUUACAUGUCCCAUGCAUUCCUCGGAAAUUAGUCCAGUCUGUACAGAGUAUUGGAUUCUCAAUGCAACAAACAGAAACAGGGAGAGAAGAAAGAGAAAAGCCUGUGGAACUUUCAGUGGCCACUAGCAGUUCCUCCAGCCUUGCAGAAAAUUCAUCACAGAUGGUUAUUGACACUGCAGGGACUAAUAACCCACAAAUUGCCCAAGUUCCAUCAAUGGCAAGCUUACAAAACCAAAUGCAGUUCAGACUGGUAAUUCCUCCAAAGCAGACGACUUCCAAUCAACAGUUUGAGAGUGAAAAUGCAGUAAUAGCAAACCAAGAGGCCAAAUGUGGUGAUAAAGCAGAAGAUGAGCCAAAGGAUUCUUUGUAUAUACCUCAAGACAUACACACAUAUUUUAAGUCAAAUGAAGAUAAUUCUGACACAGCAGAAGAAAGUGCGGAAGAUUUUUUAAGAGCACCUGAAACACCCGAGUUUGUAGGAACACCUAACUCAAAGGGGAAGAAAACCCAGUUCCCUAAAACACCUUCAUUUGACUUCAUUCACAAUUUAGGUUGUGAAGAAGGAACAUCAAAAUCUCCUGCUUUUUUUUCUCUCAUGACCUUCUCCCAGAAAUCACCUGGCUUUAAUUUAUUUGAUUCUUCUGUGUUUGGGGCAGAAAAUUCAUCUGAUGAGACAGAGGAAAGUUACUCUGUGGGAAACUUGAACCCUCUGUCCCCACACAAAGAUAUUGGAAGCUUGUUUGGGAAAUCAGAAAGCGAGGAUGCAUUUGCCUUUCCCUUCCCCUCGGAAUCGACUUCUCAUGCAUUUGAAGAUGGAAAAGAUGACUUUAAUUUUCCAUUUGCAUUUGGACAGGAUCAGAGAUCAUCACGCUCUCCUUCUGUGAAAGGUUUUCAUUCUUCCUUACAAAAUACAAAGCCAUUUACAUUCUUUUGAAUACCUUUGACUUCCUUUUAAAUUCUUUUCCUACUUAGCCUUGACAAAUGUUUUCAGUUUCUGAAGUUAAAGUACAAAGCAUUUAAUCUUCUCCUUUCAUUUCAUGUAAGAAUACAUUAUUGCAAUUGCUGCAAGAGCAUGUGUAUGUUCAUCAGGCACACAUGCUUUGAGAUACAGCUUUUAUUUUUCUUAUUCAUUUUCUAGAUAUGUUGUUUUCAUAAAAUAUUAUGAUACACUCUCGCUAAAUUGGUACUUACAAGCAGCAGAAAUAUCAUUUUACAGUAAUGUGUCAAGUUAAUUCAAUA